AGGCAACUUCGCACCCAGUACUUCAAAAGUUGAAACUCAGGAAAGUGGAAUUUGUGCUAGUAAACUAAUCAAAAAACAGUUACCUUUUAACUGAAUAAUGUAUUGUAUCUUAUUUCUAUGAAUAAAAAAAGAGGAACCCCAAUGGGAAUAACAAUAAGGCCAGCUACAGACAAUAAGAUUGUGAUAAUCGUGUUACAAUGUUUUGUUAACUUUUGGAUAUUUAAUGUAUUUAUUUAGGCCCAUUUCCACUUGAAAUCUGGGUAACUGUAAAUAUUAUCGUAAGUGGCUUUUAUCUCUGAAGAUAAAGAAUUAAAAACAUUGUUCACAACGGUAUAAUGACGUACAAAAUAUUGCGAAGGGCUUUGUGUUCGUCUUCGUACAAGAAACGACCUCAAAUAUGUAUCGUUGGUGCUGGUCCUGCUGGAUUUUAUGCAGCCAUGCAUAUUACAAAAAAAAUAGACUCUGUGAACAUUGAUAUUCUGGAAAAGCUACCUGUCCCCUUUGGACUGAUAAGAUAUGGCGUGGCCCCAGAUCAUCCUGAAGUUAAAAAUGUAAUAAAUCAGUUUACCAAGGUAGCCCAACAACCAAAUGUUAACUUUUAUGGAAAUGUAACAUUGGGCAAAGAUAUAAAUCUUCAACAGUUGAGACAACAUUAUGAUGCAGUGCUUUUGACUUAUGGUGCUGAAGAAGACAAAACACUUGGCAUUGAAAAUGAAGAUGCAACCAAUGUGAUUGCAGCUCGCAACUUUGUAGGAUGGUAUAAUGGACUCCCAAGUGACAAAGAUUUAAAAAUAGAUUUAUCCGGCAAAACAGCAGCGAUACUCGGACAAGGCAAUGUUGCACUGGAUGUUGCAAGAAUUUUACUCACACCUAUUGAUGAACUGAAAAAGACUGACAUUACUGAACAUGCUCUAGCUGUAUUAUCAGAAUCCAAGCUAAAAGAAAUUUACUUAGUUGGAAGAAGAGGACCAUUACAAGUUGCUUUUACAAUUAAAGAGCUUCGAGAACAAUUGAAACUGAAAAAUUGUAGAACAAUAUGGAAUGAAAAUGACUUUGUAAACGUGGAAGCAGUAGUGCCUGAUCUUCCUCGACCCCGAAAACGAUUGACUGAACUAAUGUUAAAAUCAUUAAAAGAAAAGCAAACUGUGACUGAUGACAGCAAUAUUAGCUACUUCAAACCAGUGUUCUUCAGGAGUCCUCAUAAAUUUUUAGUAGAUGCCAAGAAGAAUCUAACUGGGAUUGAAUUAGUUUGCAACAAACUUGUCGGAGAAAAUUUAGAACAACAAAAAUGUGUACCUACUGGGGAGAAAGAAGUACUUGAUUGUGAUCUUGCUUUUAGAAGUAUUGGUUACAAGAGUGUGAAAGCAGAUAAUGACUUGGCAUUAAAUCAUGGCUUUGUAGAGAAUAAUAAUGGCAUUGUUGAAGAUACACAUCCAAACUUAGCAAAGCUUUAUGUAGCAGGAUGGCUGGGCACUGGUCCUGUUGGAGUUAUAUUACACACAAUGGGGAACGCCUUUCAAGUCGCCAAAGUAAUGUGUGAGAAAUUAAGUAGCAUGGAUGAGCAAAAUAGAGGAGGCUUUGAAGAAAUAAAAAAAGUUAUUUCUGAGAAAAAUGCCAAUAUUAUAGAUUGGAAUGGUUGGGAGAAGAUAGAUCAAUAUGAAAAGGAACAAGGUAAAUUACGAGGCAAACCACGAGAGAAGAUUUGUAGCGUGGAAGAAAUGUUAGAAAUUGCAAAGAAAUAAAAUCCCUUCAACUAAAAUAUGUUGAUAAUAAUCAUCUACGAUUCUUAAAUCAGAGUAGUUAAGUUAAAACAAUUUUAUUGCAUAUGUUUUUGUUUAUACAUUUUAUAAGAUGUUAAUACAAUAUUUUGAAAUAUA